AUUAAUUGAAAGGGGGACAGUAGUCCCUGGUGGGUCAAAUGGUACAAAUUCUCUUAAACAGUUAAAUCCUCCCUAUGAAUAUAUCAAAGGUAUGCGGCGAAUUCUAUCGACCUACGUAUUUGUUGUUACUCUUCUAUGUGGCCCUUCGCUUCAUCUCGCUAGUCACUGAACUCCGACAGAUCAGUUUCCAGGACGGAUUUUUCUAACACGAUAAGGCUGCAACCUCUCUCAUCUCAGUAUGUGCUCUGUUGUUAAAUUACGAAGGACUAAUAACAGCAUACAAUGGGGGUUCACCCUGGAGGGAGGCGUCGACCAGGGGUACCCUUUAUACAUAAAAACAAUAGUCCCUGGUUCGCCAGCACAAAAGCACGGACUUGCCCCUGGUGAUGCAGUUAUGAGGAUAGGAUUUGAGGACUGUCCCGGCAUGAAUCUUUCAGCUGGGAAAGCAGAGGUUCUUAGACAAGGGAAUCAACUUGAUCUCGUGGUGGAAAAGGGUGCAGUACAACCAGAUGAUCCCAGAGUAAGAGCAGCGGCUGAAAAUGCGCCGCGUGUGGAGCUCGUAGAGGAAACAUCACCUUUCAUCAAUCAGCCAGGAUCAGGGCCAAAAUUUAAAGAUGUUAAACCUAAGACAUACACCGUCUUGGAUCAAGAAUUACCAGAAUCUGAAAAAGGAGGUGGCAAGCCAUCCAGUAUAUUCGACAGAAAGCGAGAGGAAAGAAGCAAAUACCAACAAGCUACAGGACCCACGAUUCAAAAGGCUUACGGACAGAAGAAAUAAACUGAAAAUAUUUGUGUCUUUAAUACAUGCGCCGCUGUGAUCAAUGUUUAGAUGUGCAUGUUUCAUUAUAUGUGUCUCUGCACUAUUCAAAUUAUUCACAUAUGCUUAAAUCUAUAUACAACUGAUUACGUGGAGAAACUGACGGACGGAUAUAAUCACAAUAUAGACUAUCAUCGUGCCACACUAAAGUUUUUUAACAUUUUAUAUUUUUGGCCAUACCACUUGUAUACUGUAACCUUAUAAGGCACAGAUUAUAUC